GAAAGCAGGCUAUGCUGCAGAUUCUUUCCUAUUGCGCUCUUUAUCUACAAUGUCCUCUCUCUGCCGCUCGGAGUGAAUAGAAAGCAAAACAGAUGUUUGAAGCAUAGUUUCGUUUCUCCCCCAACUGUCUCCAUCUUUCUCUCUUUCCUUUCUUUUUCGCUCUCCUGUUCUCUCUGUUGUGGACUUGCCUAGCCAGAGGGGCAGUAGGACUAAGUGCCUCCUGUGCACUUGUGUAUCAGUAGCUGAUGUCAACCUCACUGACAAUAACAAGAACUGAAACACUAGUUAACAUCUCAUAGACAAACCCUUGUUCGCCUAUCAUCUCGUUUCAUCAUGAAUACUUUGAAUACAGGAGCUCGGAUAUCAGGCUGCUGGACUGUAACAGGCUGCAGGGAGUCCUGUACAUGCCUGUGUGUUUUCAUUCCCUCCACUCCUCUAUAGCAGUGACUACGGGGGCGGAGAGGGCUCCCUGGACAGACUCCUCACCUCCGUCAGCUCUGGGCUGUCACCGAGGAAACGGACUACCAGCCAGUGCAAGUCAGAACCGCCCCUGCUGCGGACAUCCAAGCGGACAAUCUACACAGCCGGCCGCCCACCCUGGUAUAACGAACAUGGAACCCAGUCCAAAGAGGCCUUCGUCAUCGGUCUGUGUGGGGGCAGUGCCUCAGGGAAGACCACUGUAGCCAGGAAGAUCAUAGAGGCUCUGGAUGUCCCCUGGGUGGUCCUGCUCUCCAUGGACUCCUUCUACAAGGUUCUGACUCCUGAGCAGCAGGUCACGGCAGCCAGUAAUGACUACAACUUUGACCACCCGGAUGCCUUUGACUUUGGCCUGCUGGCACACACACUGAGGAAACUCAAACUGGGCAAGAGUGUAAAGAUCCCUGUGUAUGACUUCACCACACACGGACGCCAGAAGGACUGGAAAACAGUGUAUGGAGCCAGUGUUAUCAUUUUUGAGGGAAUCAUGGCCUUUGCAGAUAAAGAACUGUUACAGCUGCUGGACAUGAAGAUCUUUGUGGAGACUGACUCAGACAUCCGUCUGGUGCGUCGGCUGCAGAGGGACAUCACAGAGCGUGGCCGGGACAUCGAUGGAGUCAUCAAACAGUACAAUAAGUUUGUGAAGCCCGCCUUUGAGCAGUACAUCGAGCCAACCAUGCGACUGGCUGACAUUGUGGUACCACGCGGAGGAGGCAACAUGGUGGCCAUAGACUUGAUCGUACAGCACGUCCACAGCCAGCUGGAGGAGAGGAAACUGCGCUGGGAUAUGGCGGCCCUUGCCUCUGCCCACCAGGCCCAGCCCCUCCCCCAGACCCUGAGUGUUCUGGAGAGUACACCCCAGGUCAGGGGAAUGCACACCAUAAUAAGAAACAAAGAGACAAGCAGGGAUGAGUUCAUCUUCUACUCGAAGAGACUGAUGCGUCUGCUGAUUGAACGAGCGCUUUCCUUUCUUCCCUCAGAGAGCCAUAUAGUUCAAACACCGCAGGGAGAGGACUAUGAAGGCAGGACUUUCCACGGGAAGAGGAUCACUGGAGUGUCCAUCCUGCGAGCAGGAGAGACCAUGGAGCCAGCUCUCCGGGCGGUGUGUAAAGAUGUCCGCAUCGGUAAGAUCCUGAUCCAGACCAACCAGGACACAGGAGAACCAGAGCUGCAUUAUCUGCGUCUGCCUAAGGACAUUGGUGAGGACCAUGUGAUUCUGAUGGACUGCACCGUGUCUACUGGGGCUGCUGCCAUGAUGGCCGUACGAGUCCUACUGGACCAUGAUGUCCAGGAGGAUAAGAUCCUGUUGGUGUCUCUGCUGAUGGCUGAGAUGGGGGUUCACUCUGUGGCCUACGCCUUCCCUCAGGUCCAAAUCAUCACCACCGCCGUCGACAAGAAGGUCAACGACCUCUUCCACAUCAUACCCGGCAUAGGAAAUUUCGGUGACCGGUACUUUGGCACGGACGCACCCCCAGAAUGGAGCGAUGAGGAGAUGGAUGAGCCCAGUUACUGAUGGGACAAUGGGCAGACCCAUUUGAAUGAUUCAGGGGAGCACCGUUUGGAGGAUGAUUGAGGAAUGUGCUUUUUACCCCACUGGGCAGCUACGUACACCCCCUUAUUCUGGGGACCAAAGAAGACACCCUGGAGUACUAGAGCACCUUGAAUUUCACUGAGAUACAGAAAAUUAGUCAAAGAUUUACAAAGGACAGUUUUUGUAUAUUUCUAUUUGAGUUUUAUGCCAAUGCUGUUGUGGGACAGUUGUAAUAGUAAAUGUAGUACUUUUUGUAAUGUGAAUGUUUGUUUGUAAAAUGUUCUAUUUUUGGUUGUUUGAAUUAUGUUUUUUGAGGGUGACCCACAUUCAAUAAGAGGUAAUUGCAAAACACACUUUUUUAUUUAUUUCUCAGAGCUUAAUUAUUAACCUUUCAGAAUGCAAUCCAAAAAAUACACAGCCAUAUUGUUCAUUCUCUCUGCUCAUAGAAAGUGCCUUCUUUCAAGGAACACUUUACCGGAAAAUUGUGUAGGCGUAACUUUAACACUUAGUCCUCUUUUCACAGCAAGGCCUAAAUAUACUCCCACAUCCUGAUCUACCUGCUAGUCUACCUGUGAGUGGCUCCUCCAGCAGCUCGGUUAGCCUUGACCGCUUUCAUCGCCCUUAAACAUCGGCACUUUAUUCAUGAAGUUUCCUCUGUCUGCGUAUGAUUCUGGGCCUAUGCUGCCUAUCAUAAUGAGGCCUUACAACUGUUGUUGUCAUGCUUAAUGUUUCCUAGUGACAUCGGCGUAGGCUACACCACCUAGACCUACAUUUAAUUUGUGCUUUGUCUGCAACAUAGAGACGAGAGAGACGGAGAAAAUGUACAGGAAGGAUAUGGUGGUUGUCCUCUUCUCAUGGAAACUAACCUUGAUAUCUUCCAUCACUUUCAUCACUAACCCACCGCUGACACCAAGAAGGCGGUGGGGUAAAUAUAGGAUGACACUGACUUAAACGGUAGGCUACUGGGCUAUUAAACAAAAAAGUUUUACAAUAUAGAAUAGGCCUGCAGUUCUAAUGAGCGCUGCCGCGGUGCCCUGGAAAGAUGGAUCAUGGUUGUGAGGACAGUCACCAAGACACCUGUCUGCUGCAGAGGUAAAACUCUCACGCCAGGGUUGCAAGGUAGGGCUGUCUGACAUAUGGCGCAACAUUGUGUAGGUUAAUAUUAUUCCUAGAAGAGAUUUAAGAGCUUUAUGAAAUUCUCUUUAUUUCUGAUCAGGUUAUUACAUUUGGGAAUUUUAAAGGUUGCAUAGGCUAAUAAUUAGCCUACAUCAUUCAGUUUUUGGAGGGUUUGAAAUGGAAUGUGUUUUGAAUUUUACUCUACAUUUAAAUUGAUUUAUGGAAAUUAAAUUGAAUUUAAGCUUGAUCUGAGCUUUUAAAACUUUGUCACAUAAUGGUUUCAUGAUUCUGCAGACCACAAUCAAAUAAACCAUAUACAUACCAGUACUAUAGCUGAAAUA